GGUUUAUUAUUCAUUACCCCACGAGCGACAUUUCUUCCAAUCCACAUUAGCAAAAAGAGGGUUCUUCCCAUAGAAAUUGAGAGAUAUAUAUUAAGUUAAACUACACACCUCUCCAUUGGCCUCCUCCAUUGAAGGGAAAUUAAGCCAACUAUGGGUUUGAGGGAUGAAGAUGAUAGAAGAUUUGGUGUCAGCCGCAAGAUCAUGCUUGUGGCAAUCGCUUCGUUGCUUGGAGUUGUGAUGCUCGUAGUCUUUCUCCAUCUCUAUGGAAGGUAUCUUCUGAGACGUCAAGAAAGGAGACGGCGUGCCGCCCUUUAUUCCCAGAGAACUCAAAUUGCACCGACUGAUGAAAGUUCCUUCAACGAGCCACCCAAGGCAGGACUCGACCCUUUGGUCAUAGCCUCAUUGCCGAUGUUCACAUACAAGCUAACUACCGGUCAGGUUGAUGGUCAUGAGGAGCCCAUAGAAUGCUCAGUUUGUUUGGGAACCAUCACGGAGAAGUCCACGCUCAGGCUUUUACCAAAUUGUAAGCACAUGUUUCAUGUAGAGUGUAUAGAUACGUGGCUUGGAUCACACACAACUUGCCCCAUAUGUCGUACCGUGGCUGAGCCAACGGUCCAGCUAGAGGACAAGGGGUUGAGUGACAGGGUUCAGCCCACGGCUCCUCCUGUAGAGGAAAACGCGUCCCAUAUUACUGCCCAAUUGGAAAAGGAAGGUGGAUCAUCAGGAUCAGACUCACGAUUUGGUUCAUUUAGAAGGAUGCUUGGUAGGGAGAGAUCAUUAAGAAGGAUUCAAAGUUGUGGAAAUGAAGUAAUUGGCACACAAGAUUUAGAGAGGCAGUGAUGGGUAAAAUUAUUUUAUAAUUUUUUUUGAAAAUAUUGUCUUUUUUCUUAGGGGUACUUACUUAUCAACUCCAUUUAGUAUAUAGUUUGCAUAUUCAUAUUAGUUCUACGGUGGAUUAAUUUGUUAUUUAGCACUAUUUUUUGUAAAUUAGAGUUCAGAAUAUAUGCAGCAAUAAGAUAUAUGAAAUUCUAGGCAUUAGUUUUACAAA